UAUAACACAGGCGGGUUGAGUCUCGCAGUGCACACAGACCUCACGGUCUGACAUACUGUCUUCUGUGACUGCAACUGGCAGUCCUGGAGUCUACUGAAGACACGGCUAUUGCAACUCGUUCAAGCAAAAUGUCUUUACAAGGUUCAGGUGUGCUUAUUAAGCAGGGCCAACCAGAACAUAACAUGGAGUCAGACAAAGAGGCAGAACGAGAACUACCUGACACAAGUAACGACUGUACACCGGUUAUGAAGACUGUGUGCUCUUAUUAUUUGGAAGGAAAGUGUAGAUUUGGUGAAGAUUGCUUCAAUUUACACCCUGCUAACGUCAUAGUGCAAGAUGCUGACUUGAAGAAGGAUAAAAAUCAAAAUAAAAUGACACGGAGAAAAGUACCACCUGAAGAGAAGACAGAGGAAAAGAAACCAUCCAUGAAGACAGCAGGAGAUGUAAGGAAGAGAAUUCAAUGGGACCCAGAGCUUCGAAAGGAAUACUUCACAGUUGGAUAUUUAGACAGGUUCAGUGGUGUUGUGGAGAAACCUUUCACUUCAUUUUCCUGGGAACAUUUAAGCAUGGUGGACCUGGAGCAGCUGGCGGUGCCACAACACCGGAUCCAGUAUUAUAAGUACAAGGGUACCAAAGUUUGGGACAAGAAUGAGCGGCUUGAUUGUGUGUUCGGCAGUGCAGGUAGUGACAUCACUAUUCAACAAAUUAUUCGAGAAACUGAUGCAGAAAUAGAGAAAAAUACGGCGAGUUUCGACCCUGACGAUGACUCUGAUUCUGACGAUGAACUGGUGGUGGUAGGAGGAGAAUCAGUCUCAAACAAAGGAAUAAUAUUGAAUAUUCGUUCUAGAGAAACACAGAGGGAACUGCUCCGUGCCACACACUUUUUCUGCAUUAGGAUAAAAAGCGCCGAAAUUAAAGCAAGAAUAUCGAAAGUGCAGGAACAUGUAGUGCAGGAGGAACCUGUCCUCCGCAGCUGUACUAUGCCUAGUGACCUCCUACAUGUCACUCUAGCAAUGAUUAAAAUUGAAACUCCAGAAGCCAUGUCUGAUAUAAUCGAUAUGUUGCGAAAUUUGCACAUUAAAAUCAAGGAUCUUUUUGGAGAGUCAGAAGAAAGCGACGUGAGCGCAGAUCGUGUCAUCAAGGCUCGAGGAUUGUCCACUUUCGGCGCCAGAGUGUUGUAUACCAAACUUGAAGUUCCUUCUUCCUUCACUACCAUCGUGGACAUGUUGUACGAGGCUGUGCACAACAUCAAUGGUAUCACAGUCACCAAUAACUUUGACUUCGUACCCCACAUGACAUUACUUAAGGUGAACAGACCAACAGCUCGAGAACGUCGAUCAAAGUACAUCAAUUCUUCACUCUACAGUGAUUAUUUGGAUUAUGAAUUUGGCACCAUCCAGUUUAAUAAUAUCAACUUAUGUGUUAUUAAUGACGUAAGAGGCCACGAUGGCUUUUAUGUCACAUGUCAAAGUAUUGAGUUUUAAGUUUUACUCGACAGCGAAUAACCCAUACAGUAUAAUUUAAGUUUUAUAAAGGCAGCCGUUGUUUAGUGUACACAGUAAUUAAUCCCGUCCAAAUAUCAGGGUUAAAUCUUCAUCUACAGCAAUCUCGGUAUGAUUUUUCGUUUGCGACAUAAAUACACACUACCUUUAAAUACUUUUUAAAAAUUAAGAAAUAAUUUACAAAGUUAUUCCCAAUGGAAUAUUAAGAAAUUUUUUUUUUAAAUUUUCGUACUUUUGCUAUCACUAAUUAAAUCAGACAGCACACAAAUUGGAAAGCAAACUAUGACUUAUUUUGGUUGUCUUAAUUAUUGCAACACAAUGGUUUUGUGAUAUUAAUCUUCGAGGUUGGUAGCCAUACUGUAACUAAGCCAGACUUAAAAUAUUAUUAUAUUUCAUAUAUAAUGAAUCCACAACUUUUUAUCUUUGUAAAAGUCUAUCUUUCUCUCUGUUGAAUUUUCACCGCUUCCUGAUGUUUCAAAUAUAUUUGUUCAAUAUGGAUUAUUCCCAGCCUCUUCUGUUGCAUUUACAAUUAUGCAGCUCAGUAUUUCUGACCUCAGUUCUUCGUAAAAUGUUGAACUGUGAAUACUGAAUAUACAUUUGUACAUAUGUAUACAGUGUAUAUACUGUAAUAUAAAAAUAUUGAAUUCAUGUAUUAAUCACUCAGAAUGUUAAUGGUUUCCAUGUCAUAUGUCCCUGUAUUAUAUAUAAAUAUUAAAUAAACAGUGUUAACUUUCUUUUGAUGUAUUUAUUAUUAUUUGUUGUAUUUAUUGUUACAUGAUUGGUAAAUAUUUGAACAUA